AUGGAAGAACUUGAGAAUGUGUUAAAGAGAAGGCGGCUGGCCGCAGAGGGAGAGGAGAACCUGGACCCCACAAAUUCCCCUGCUAGGACCCGCUUGAGACGGUCAGAGUUGGAGGUGAAACCAGACACCCCAGCCAUCGCCUCCAUUCGCUCGAGAGUCCAGCAACUCAGUCAGAGAUGGGAUGGUGAGGGAGAGUUUAGCUCCCGCCUGGAGUGCUUUAAAGUUCCCACACCUCAAAACAGCCCCAGUCGCUCCACCCCCUGCACACGUAAUCUCUCCAGCUUUGUGCAUGGCAUCCAACAGCAGCUGAACACUACAGUGACACCCAGCAGUAAAGAGGCCUCCCGCAUCCAUCAGGCUCGUGAGGAUGAGUUGCGUCUAUUGAAGGUUCAGCCGGUGGCGGAGAACUUGUGGUUGAAGAGAAAGAGGCUCUCCAUCCACAAGGUCGCCCUGGGUUCACAGGACAACCCGGAAACUCCAGUGGCCUCCAUUACAACUCGGGAGUGUGAGCAUGUGUGUAAACGGGGUCAAUGCAACUAUUUCGCUAUAGAGGUAGCGAAAGAAAAGAGCACAUCUUCAGAGCCUGAAAAAGUAGAUGAACCAGAACCGGACACAGUGGAAUCAAAUCAGGAGCCUCUUGACCAGAGUAAAGAAACUCCUGAUGGCUGUUAUGUAGUGGAUGAAGAGAAGGAGCUCCAGCCUGUUGAUGGUGAUGAAGUAGAAAUGAGGGAUGAGGAAGGCCCAAUGGGUGCUGUUGAAGAUGACUUCCUCACUUUGCCAUCUAGCUAUGUCCUCUCUCCUCUUAGCAAAUCUGUGGAAGCUGUUGUCACACCUCUGACAUUACGAUUUGGUUUACACUCAAAGAUUGAAAUCACUGUGCCUGAGCCAUCAGUCCUACCACCCUCACCUGAAGACAUUUCGGUUCCUACAGCUGAAAAUGUCCCACCUUUAUACAGCAUUGACGCUUACCGCUCACAAAGAAAGAUCCACCCCCACUCUACUCAAAGCAUGACUGCUGGAGUUCAGAAGCAGGCUAAUGAGAAAACCUGCCCAAAACAACUCCUCAACACCAAGGAUAGAAUUAAGGCUUUGAAUGAGGGAGCAGUCAAGCUGCAGAUGGUCAUCACGCAGACGCUGCAGGCUCUGAGCUGCUGCAGUGAUGAGGAACAUGGGAAGGGUUCACUGCAGGAGGCUGAGGCUGAGAAACUCCUGCUUGUCUCCAGUGAGAAGUGGGCAGCCAUACUGGCGGAGGUCAGCAGGCUCCGAGAGGGCGGGUCCGGAGAACAAGACUCCAAUAACGCUCAUCUACAGCCCUGCAGGGGCACCGUCAGUAUCAGUAGCAUCCAGCUGCCUCUCAAGGUGGAGUUUGUGUGCUCUGCGCAUACAGGCCAUCCAACACACUACUUCUUUGUUCUGAUUCGUUACGGCCCGUGUAACAUUGUGGCGACACCUUUGGCUACAGUCGCUGAUGCCCAAAAUGGAGACACCAUCACUUUCCCAAUAUCCAUCACACUACAAGACAUCCAUUCCAGUUUUGAGAUUGAUGUCGAGGUCUACAGUUUGUCCAGUACUCAGAGUAAUACCUGCAGCAUUAAUGUUCAGUAGUUCCACAGCUUGACAAAGUCAAGGAUGACACCCAAGAAGAUACUCCACAGCAUCACAAAGUCCAACCAAAGUGUGACGUGAAUAUUUGACUAAUUGACUCUUUAACCCUUAGAAAAAAAAGUAAUUCAGGGGUCCUUAGAGGACAAAAAUGUUUGUCAAAAAACUGCCUUAAUAACAUUAUAUAUUAAUAUUAUUUUCCACUUUCAGUGAGUUGAUUUUUUUAACCAACAUCAGUCCUGAUGAUAACUACCAAAUAUUCAUUCAUUUUCAGGAUUUUAACCCUUUAAAUGCCAGUUUGUUUACAUAAU